AUGGCUGAUAACCCCGGCUCUGCUCAAUUUGACGGAACAAGUGCUUUUGCUUCGGCUGUAGCUCGUGCAAGACAGGUAUAUUAAAUAAGCAUUUUAAACUCAAUAAUUUGAAGUUUGGGAAGAUAGUGAAAGACUAUUUUGUGCAAAAUGAAAAAAAAUGACUGGUCUGAACACGUGGUAUAAAGAAAAAAUGCCCGUCAUUUUUCACGGCUUCGCCUAGAAAGUCACGUCAUUGUUCUCCAUUUCCCUCGUUAUAUGCAGUUUUAUUGUUUUUGUUUCACGGUCUUAUUUAUAAUGCUAAUAGUCAUAUAAUUAAAGAAAUUGCAUGCUUGAAGAUUUAUUGCCCAUUCUAUAUACAUUUUCACUUGAAUUAUUAAUAAAAAUCCAAGGACAACUAACUUAUGAUUGAGAUGAAAGUUCCAUUUUGUUUUUCAGAGGUUAGCAGCAACUACAGAAAUUGCUUUAGUUUUGGUCAUGUCAAUUUAAAUCUUAUAUAAUUAGUUUCUGUAAAUCUGUGUGCUAUAAUUUUAUAACUGACAAACCUGAUCUGAUGAAGGGCUAGAAACCGCUGUCUCGGGCUCUAUUUAAAACAAAUCGUUGUGCUGCAAAAGCGGAUUGUGUAAUUUAGCCACAAACUUUAAGUAUGCUAACCUUCAGUUUUCCUUUUCACAUCCUCGGGGAAAAUCUCACAAUGUUAAUAAUUUUCAAAUUAUAUAGUUGAAUUUUUAAAUGCAUUGCCAAUCUUGUCUUUAUUUGGCUAAAUAGUGAACUUCAUAGGGGUAAAAGAGGAGGCAUGAUUGAUAAAAUGUUUAAUAUGAAACUUUGUUGAAUGUUUACAGGCUUAAGUUAAGAAUGUCUUGGUUUUACAUGUGUGACACUUUAGUUAUUAAAGUAUUACUUUGUGCCUAUUUAUUAGGUCUCAUUUGGCUUUUUCAAAUUCUGAACUUUGACAAUUUUAUUUUAAACAAAUUAAUGGGCCAGCUUUGUUCCAACUGCUUCAACUACAUAAUUUAUAAUGAACCCCACAUUUGUAUUUCAUGUAUGUUCCGAGUCUUCUUGCAGACUCGAAAAAGACAAGCAUUUGACGAUCUUUACAGUUUUUGGUGUAAUAUUCCCCUUUUUCGGCUUUGUUAAAUGGGGAUAUGUUGUAUGUAUGACGCUGACAGCAUUUAAAAGAAAAUGUCACCAUUACUAGUCAUUUUAAAAUCUUUGCAGCUUAGCUUCUAUUUUUGUAUGUGGGCCCUUAUAUUUAAAGAAUAAUAAAGAAAACUGUUAUCUAUAUCUUUAGCUGCCUGACUUUCGUGGCCUUGAAAUUUGUGACUAAAAUACAUGAUUAGUGGGGUUCAGUAUUUAAAUUCUCCAGAGGAUUUAGAUUCUUUGUAAUUAAAAUAAUGCAAAUUAAAUCGUUUCCAGUUAGCUAUGCCUAACAUGAUCCUAACAGGCUGAACGCCGACUAUUGUAUGUUGAUCUCCCAACUAACUUCUGUUUCACAAUCGUAUUUCACAUUACAUAGGUCCUUGCUAAUGUUGACGAUAUUUUACUUCAAUUAAGGAAGGGGUUUAAUUCCUAGAUAUAUGCUAUAGGCUAUUAGUUUUACUAUAUUUUGUUAUUGUUAUUCAUGUAUUUAAUGUUUUAUGUAUGAUGAAUCACCAAGUUGACGUUUUUUAUUAUAACAAUUUUAUGCUGGGAUAACAAUGCAUAUAACUAUUUAAAGUCAAUCCUUUUCAUUAUGGUUGUUUUUUGUUUUAUAAAAUAAACAUUAAGAGGGAAGAAUGGUAGAAAUUCAUGGUUUUUAGAAUAUUUUACAUGCUGAUUUUUGUCAUGCAUUUUAAGAAAACAAAGUAGUUUGCAAUGUUGGGAUGUAUUUAAUUUGUGGUAAUUGUUUUAUCAUGCAAAUACCAAGACUUAUGUUUUCAGAAUUUUUUUUUCUUUUCAUUGAGGCUUCUUAAUGUAAAACAAAGAAACUGCAACAGGUGAUUCAGCGGCAACAAAUAUGGCCUCAGCCUAAUGCUAACCAUGUGUUUUUCUCUCUUUUUUCCCCCUUCCCAUCCCCACUUCCCAUUUUUCUUCUCUGUUUCGUGCAUUUGCCUGUGUUCGCCCUGUGUAGAUAGCAGCCAAGAUCACACCAGGAGCAGGGGACGCACAAGUGCAAGGUAUCAAGAGACCUUUGGAUGAUGGCGCCUCCUUUGGUAAAUUAGAUCAUUUUUCUCAAAUUAAAAGACAUUCCAAAAUCCUCAAAAUCAAAAAGUAAACUUUUCCCCACCAAAGUAGAAACAUAUGGUAAGACGAUAAUGUCGUGCGUUUGGCCUGUUUUGGUCUCUUUUUACCGAAGUCUAACAAAUCAAAAACAUAUAAAAAAAAAAUUUGUUAGUUGCCUGUAUAAGUGCUUAAACCCUGGGUUCGGUUAGUUUCUCUCUCUCUCUUCUUUUUUUUUUUAGUAUUCACUGUUGUGCAAACACUAAUUUUAUUAUUAUUGCUAAUUGAUUACUCAUACAUAGCACUUGAUUGUGCAUCCCCUUUUUUUAAAAAAAAGAAUGUGUCUUUCCCAGCUAUUUGCAUUCAUAGCUAAUAAACAGUUUAAGGGCUUUAAACUCAUGUCAGGUGAUAUCAAGAGGUGGACAAUUAAAUUAAACACAUCAUUCAAAACUCCUGUCAAGCAUAGCCCAUAUAAUUUGCUUACUAUUUUUAUUUAGAUUUGGCCUUCGUUUCAUUCCCUUUUUCAUUCAACUUCUAGAUUUCAUACAUACCAUUUUAAUACUGUUUAAACUAACGGGGAAAAGUCGCGAUCCCUUUAAUCAGCAACCGAAUUUGCCGUAUUUCUAUUAUGAAUCAAUUUUAAAAAUUUGAAAAAUAGGAAUCUUGAGUUUUUAUUUUUAGUUGAGAUAAAAUGUUUUCUAAGCUAAAAGGGGGCAUCAUCUGUCUAGUUGGUCAGUUUAAUUUUUGUAUUGUUUGUAAUUUCAAUGCUUAAUAUUUCCAUUUCUUUAAAGAAAAUUAUCGUGUUAAAAUUUCUAUAUUUGAAUUCAGUCGUUCUGUAAUUUAUUUAGUACAAUAAUUGUUUCGGAUCAUUGCAUGCUUCUACCAUGUUUUUUAAAAAAGGCUUUUAAAAAUAUUUUUUCCUGAUGACAUUGAUAUAUUUCCCUAUUUUCAUGUCAUGUAAUACAGAGCUACACUACUUUAAUUAAAUGGCCUCUGUAAACGUCAGUAGCUUAGAAAAUAAGUUUUGUAGAAGUAUUAGGAAUGUUGUACAUAGUUGUUUAUAAAACUAUUAACCAACACUUAAAGAGUUCUCAUUUUUUAAAAAAUUAUCUUACAAUCCUCAAGUGUGUCUUUGUAUAUACUUGCCACGAGAUAUGUGACAUCUUUAACUUCUGUUGAUACAAAAUGGCAGUCUAUAAAUUACCUGCAUGUUCUUUUCUUUACAUGUUGAAUUUUUGUUUUAAACUUGUUUUGUUUGUUUAUCUGCCGUAUACCACACUUCAUGUUAACUCCUUCUUAUACAGCUUUCAAAUGUGCAACAUAUUGAUACCUUUGCAUAUAUUUGUAAUUUUGUUUCAUUGGUUAUUUGUCCCCAAUCAGGUAUUUAAGGGCUUAUAAAGAGGCAUGGAGAACAAUGUUCUGUGUUCUUUAUAUGUAAAGAAAGAAAGGCUGCUACUGCAGUUAUUGUGCAGUUUUUGUGUUUGCCGUUUUAAAAGUCUUGACCAGACAUUUGUUAAAAUUUAUAUAUAUAUAUAUAUAAAUUAUACUUAUAUAUACACAUUUAUUUAUUUUUCACUGAUGUAUCUACGAUACAGAUAUUAAUUUUUCUAAAUUAUUUUGAUCCUUUUUAAGAGUUGUUUUCUCCACGUCAGAACUUUGAGGUGAAGGAGCUUUUUAUAUAAAAAUAGAGAAAUGUAGUUUUUGAAGUUGUAUCAAUUUGUAAUGCAUUGAUUCAUAUGUAAUGCAUUUUGCCUUAUUCUACUGCAAUUCUCUACUUUACAUCUUGUUUUGGGAUUUAUUUACUAAAGGCUUUUUGUUCUACAGUAAAUACAUUUUUUUAAAACAUUGAGCAAUGCAGUUUCUUAGUCAUUAUUGUCAUGAUGAAAAUAAGACGGGCGGACUGAAUAUCAACAUGAAGACUCGUCUUAUCUGAACAAAUGAUCAAAUAUUUUAAAACAAUAUGCUAUAAUGAUCGAACUUAAUAAAGUAUUAACAUAAAAAUCAAUAAGGAACAAAUAGCUUUGAAAAUAUGUAUUAAAAAAUCAAUGCAUUUACUUUCAUUUAUCUACUUUUAAAUUUUGAAUCAUGGAUUAAAUAAGUUUAACUUAAAUUCUUUAAUCUUAUUAUCAAGAAAAAAUAUUAAAUUUUAUAAAUUCAGUCUUAAAACUGUUCAGUAUGUUUUGAAAGGUAUUAAAUACUUUUUUUCUAUUUGUGUCAUUUCAGGUGAGCCUGAAACAAAGAAAAUAGCUGGUGAUUGUAAGUGAUUGGUUAGAUCAUGGAGUGGCAAUAUAUAACCUUGGGUUUUGUUUUAUUUUGAUCUUUUUAUAAAUACAUUCUUUUUUUCAUUUUUAUAUUUUUAAUGUAAGAGUUCAUUUAUACAUUUUGAGUAUAAAAUUGUUUUACAGCAGCAAUAGGUGCACAGUUGAGAGCUAUUGCAGAUAAUCAAGGGUGAGUGUUAUUUUAUCAUCUAAACAUUUCAUAUUAAAAAUAAAGCACCUAGAUUGAGCUAAGCCAUUUGGUUAGCCCUCAGUUGUUACUAAACAGUGGAAAAUUAUGCGUUCAUGAAAGUCCUUAUUUCGACAAAGGCAUAUUUCAGACCUGUUUACCUUCAAACUCUUAAAAUCGUACAAUAUCAUCACAUAAUCAUUCAAAACAUUCUCUUUAUAGAAAAAAAAACAUGCAGUAUAAUGUAUACACCUCAAAAUCAUAAGAGUAAACAGGUCUGAUAUUUUAUCUCUUUUUAUCUAUCAAGAUUUGGGCAAGGAACAGACGCAGCACGUGCUGCUCAAGAAGCGGCAGCCAGAAUUAAUCGUCAAUUGGGCAUUCAGCCAGACCCAAGUAUGCAGCCACAGAAACCAGGACCUCAUGCUGGCCUAGGAGGAAUGAUUAACACAGAAGAGCAUAGAGUUCCUGAUAAAAUGGUUGGAUUAAGUAAGUCUUUUUGUGAUACAUAAGUAGAGGUUUUAAUUAGAAAGACAACUUACUGGUUGGUAGUUUCUUUUCAACUUUUAGAAUUCUGUAGCAGGAUAUUUUAAUUUCUAGAUGAGUUUGAUUGCUUAUUCCCUAUGGUAAAACCUGAUAAACACACUUCUCAUGGAUAAAUAACAGCUACAACAUGCAUCCCCGAGACUUCUGGCGGCGUGAUAACAUGAAAGACCUCUAAAUUUUGUGUUUGUUGAAGUGCCAAAAUAAGUGUUUUGUUAAGUUUUGGCCAUGUUAUAUUUUUAACUCGUUCCCUCCGGCAGUGCUACUUCCGGACUUCAUUUAUUUUCCUGAGAAAAAGGAAGCAACUCAGUUUUGAAAUUUUAAAAAUAAUUUUUUUAAGUUGCUAAAUAUUAUUUAAUGUUAAUGAAUUAAGAACAAAUGCAACAAAAGAUGAAUACGGUCUAAUAUAAAUAUAACAUUAGCGGGGGACAAAUAACCAACAAUGGCCAAAAAAUCGAUUUUUUCAACCUCGGACGAACACAUGCUACAUGUAGACCCGUCGUACUAAAGCACACAUGGUUUUAAAGAGAAACAAGAUAAAAACUUCCAGUUUUUAAAUUGAAAUCACGCCAUAGCCGGAAGUCACGAUGGACGCGAGAUUUCAUUGCUAUUUUUAACUAAAAAUAAGAGGUGUGUCGCUAUACGCCGGGACGCAUCAGGAGGAACCCCCAGUGGACACAUUUAGCCGCAACCGCCGGGAAUGAGUUAAACCUAAUCCAUUUGUCCUUUAGGGGGGAGGUGCACCCUGAACACAGGUCGACUGCUAAAAAAUUCACAAAAAAAAAAAACUAUUUAAGUUAGAAGUGUCAAAUUUUUACUGAAGCUAGAUGAAUGGUCAUUCUACCAUAACACAUAAAAUAACCAUUAGUAGUGCAAUAUAAUAGUUUGCUAACAUUGAGAAAAAGAAAAAAAAUGAGAUGCUGGAUCAGGCAUGUCAGACAAAAAAAAUUAGAAUGUUUUAAGCUCAAAUUUAUUACAAUUUUUUAACCAUACAGCUUAGCUUUGGCGACAACUAGGAAAAAUGUAAUUUAUUGAAUACUUUUUGUAUCACAGCAUCCCAAAGUAUUUAAAGUAUUAAUUUUGACAUUUUAUAAUCAAACUUUGAAGGAUUGUAAAAUGUGUACUUAUUAAUAUAUUACAAUAUCCUUAGUUGCUGACAUAGACAAGUAUAUAAUAUAGCAUCUUGCAAAAUUUUAAGCAAAUUGGUUCAUAUUUUAAAAGUUAUCAUUUUUUAUGUGAAUUAAAUGUCGAAAUUUUGUGAAUGAACGCGCAAUAAUUUUGUUCAUUAAGUAAAUACAUUUUAUAAUUUUAAUGACCCCUUCCUGAAAGAUAAGGAUGUAAUUUUGCUUCAACUUUUGACUCUUCUAACCCAAAUUUAAGCCUUCUUCUGUUUUUUCUAUCUUCUAAGGACUUAUUAAUUUGUUUUUUGUGCCUUCGAUACCCGCUGAGCACCCAUCAUAAUGAAAUAAUUGAAAGUUAACUGUCCAAAGGAAAGCUGCAAAAUCUUAGAGGAGCCUCCAAUACUUUGGAUCCAUCAUUGAAAAGAAGGGUUGCUAAGUCAACACCACUGGACAGCUCUUAAACCAUGAUAUUUGUUCUUAGGGCACACAUUCAAUAUAUUAUUAUUCGAUUCGUUCGCAUUUUGGUUAUAAAUAUCUAAACAUUUAUUUAAAAAUAAUUGGAUGGUAAAGGUCUAAAAAAAUUGGCCUAAUUAAAUUAAUUUCUGCCGAUUCCCUGUUAUUAUAAACAUUAAAAAUUAAUGAAAUGAUUUACAGAUGUCUUAAUUUUCACUUUAAUCGAAAUGAAAACCAUUUACUCUGUCUAUCAAUUUCAUUUCUGACUUGUUCUGGGUGGGUGUGGCAUUUGGUGUUAUCGAGACCAUUAAAUUUUAAUUUUAGUCAAAGUCAAGAUAUUCAACGAUUCAAUGGAUCAGAUGGUUUUGAUUAAUUUAUUCCAUUUAAAAUAUCCUCAUUGGGUCCAAUAUUAGGCUUAGUAUGUCUAUUUUUGUGAAACGCUAGUUUCUUUGAAUAUUUGUUAUCACUAGACAUUGUAUAAACAAAUGAUAAACAAAUAUUAAGACAAUUUUAAUAUUAACAAAAAUGUUUUGUUCAUGGAAGCCGCCAUAUUUAAAGGACUGAUCAUUGUAUUCAACAAUUAUUUGGCAGGUCAUCCUUGUUUUAAUACAAUUGAGAUAGAAAAAGUAUAAGGAUUUUUAUUAUUUUUUUUUGUCAAUUCUGAUACACAUCACUUUCUAACAAAAUUCAUAUCUUAAGAACUAUUUAACUUAAAUUAAAAAUAAUUACAUAUAAUUGUGCAGAAUUGAUGCACUUUAUUUUGAUAUCAAUGGUUACUGUUAAAUCGAAAAAAGUUUUUUUUCCAUUUCUCAUGGUGUACCUCCCCCCUUAAAAUUAUUUAGCAGCUUGUUUUUUCCCUAAACAAUGAUGGUUCAAUUGUAUUUCCCUUUGUUCAUGAGUAAAGGCUAAGUAUGGAUGUGUUCACCUGGAGGGAAUGGGUUUGACUCAAGUUUAUAUGUGAACAUUUUAGUCCCUUAAAACUCAUCUGUUUAGGUCCGCCUAUGACCUGUGAUGCACCCUCCUUGCCCUGCCUCAUUUUCAGUUUCGGUUUGAUCCUGAAGUAUAGGCCAAAACGUGUCAAAGUGUCCUCGUUUUAUAGCCAUUUUCAUUGUUUCUAUAGUAUAGUAGUUACUAUCCUAGUGUCUCAUUUUUAUUUUACUUAGUUUACAUGUUUUUAAUAAUUGUAAAGCCCUUAGAUCUUUAUGGUAAGCGCUAUAUAAAAAUGCCUAAAUAAAUAAAUAUUCUUUAUGAAUGAAGACCCUUAGAAUUAAUUUGAAUUGUUUUUAGACAGGGUGUGCAUAACAUCCACUUUCUGAAGUGACAGUAUACUCAUUUAAUUUUUUAACAUUGGGGCAGAACUUACUGGCCGUGGGUUUUGCUAGACCCUUGGAAUUCCUCGUUCUGCUAUAUUAAUAUUGCAAGGUUUUUACUAGCACUGAUGGGGUAAUAUCCACUUGAUCAGUGUUCAAGUAAUAGCCCUUGCUACAAUUUUUAGAAAUUUACUGUCUCCGAAGUCACCAAAGUUUUUUAUUUUCAUAGUAAUGGUAUUUUAAGUUCAAGCUGUGGCUCAUCAAACCUUAUUUGAAAUGAAUUUACUUAGUGUGGAUUUUUUUUUAUUCCAGUUAUUGGGAAAGGUGGUGAACAGAUUACAAGAUUACAAGCAGAAACUGGGUGCAAGGUCCAGAUUGCUCCAGGUAAUUUUUUUUAGUGGUUAGACUAGUCAGUUUAUUUUAUGCUAACGACUUAAGCAAAAGUGACUCAAAAUAUAUUUUUAUAUUUUUUUUACCUCUUUGGUCCUAUAGAGAUAUUGUAAUUGUUAAAUUUAAAGAAAUUGCCUUUUUGACAAUUUAAAGUGAUUGACUAAUCUAAUGAAAGUGGAUGCUGGCUCUAAUUCUGUUAUUUAAAAAAAAGAAAAUGGUUAUCAAAGUAUGAAGUAAAGUUUGGACUCUGUUGGCAGUUUUUUUUUGGUGCAUGUUUUCUGGGACAGAUGGCACCCCAACUCAAUGCAUUCAUAAGAUUCUUAUCCUUUUUAUGUAAAGGAAAGGUGUAUGAAAGAAGAGUAAUGUCUGUAUACCUUUUAUUGAUGGUUUUGCUUCAUAACAAUAGACCUCCUGAUAAAUUUAUGUUUGUGGAAUAACAUGACCACAGUCACGUUUCUUAGUUUAAAGUUUUCGCAUGCAUAUUUGUUUAUGAAAUAUGAUGAAAAUUGUUGACGGGCGGACUGAAUUUACUUGUUGACUGUCAACCUCUGAAUUUUAUUUUAUCCACUUAAAUUAUAUUUUAAAGCUUACUAUAUAACUUAAAAUUUAUUUGAAAAUCUUUUACAGAUAGUGGUGGGUUGCCUGAGAGACCUUGUACACUCACUGGAUCUCCCCAAGCAAUUAUGUAAGUGAAUUAUUGCAAAUAGUUUGAUUCAUUUUAGUUAAAGAUAAAGGUAAAUGAAUGUGAGUAUUUAAUAUGUACUUUUUUUUUUGUUUCAGGCUGUGUAAGCAAGCAAUGCAGCAAAUCAUUGAACGGGGUCAAGGAGGAGGUGGUGGUGGUGGUGGUGGUGGUGGUCCACAUAUGGGAGGAAUGGAUGGAAUGGGCGAAGGAGGAACUGUUGUUGAGAUGAAUAUUCCUGGAUCUAAAGUGGGGCUUAUUAUUGGUAAAGGAGGCGAGACAAUAAGACAGCUACAGGUAAAUUAAAAACCUUAAUAAAGAAAGAAAAUAUGAUUUUUGUUGUCUGCUUGGGGUUAUAUGGUUGUAACACAAUUUUUUUUUACAAACUUCUCAGGAAAGAGCUGGAGUAAAGAUGGUUAUGAUCCAGGAUAGCAAUGCACCAUCUGCACAUGAUAAGCCACUGCGUAUUAGUGGUGACCCAAGCAAAUGUCAAAGAGCUAAAGAUAUGGUGCUUGAUCUUCUUGCUGAGAAAGAUGGUAUUCCAAGACCAGGUGGUGGAGGUGGUGGCUAUAAUGACUUUGGCUCUCCAAUGGGUCAUAUGGGACAUGGAGGAGGUGGUCCCAAUGGCAUGGAUAUAGGUGUUCCACGACAAGGUGUUGGUUUGGUCAUUGGCAAAGGGGGUGACAUGAUCAAGAAAAUUCAGACUGAAACUGGUGCUAAAGUACAGUUUAAGCCAGGUUAGGAAAAUUUACUUUUACUGUUUAUUAGGUACCGUAAUACAAGAAAAUUAAACAGAUCAUUUAGGUCUAUAACAUUGUAUAAUUUGAGGAUUAACGUUUUUCAUAAAUGCGGUGGAAUUUAUAUGGUAAAAAAUAUAUCAUUUUGAUGCGGCAGUCCUAGUUAAAAUUAUAUGCAACCAACGGGUAAGCUAAAUUUUAAUAAAAGCUGUUUAAAUAUAAUGUUCUUGGUUGUAUAUUAUUGCAGAUGAUGGUCAGAGUCAAGACAGAAUAUGCUCUGUAACAGGUCCCCCGGAUAAAGUACAACAAGCCGUGAGGAUGAUUCAGGAUCUGCUGGCCAAGGCAAAUAUAAUGGGGGUUUGUAUUAUUCCUUCAUUUACUGUAGACCUUAAUUUUCACAGCCCUUAAUUUUGGCAAGCAUAUACAAAAAAUCUUGGGCAUUGAAAAAUUAAUGGAGGUCAGUUUUGAAGGAUUAUUUCUCACCUCGUGAUAUGUUAAUUUGGGUGUGGUUAAUGUUUUUAAAUAAUUCUUCUGAUUACAGGAUCAUUAGAUAUUUAAUAUAUUAAUAAGUGGAAUGUACCACCAGGUGAUUUGUUCUUAAAAUGAUUGUGGCUUAUUAGCAUAUAAUCGAUUUAAGCUAAAGCUUUAAAAAUGUUUGGUGUUGUUUCAGGGUCAACCUAUUCAUAACUUUGGUGGUCCAAUGGGGCCUGGUCCAGGUAAUGACAUGGGUAGGGGUGGUCCAGGUAAUGGUCCAUUCUCCCCACCUGGUCCUCGUGGUGGAAUGGGUGGUAGAUUUGAUCCCAACUUCCAAGAUCACACUACUUUCAGUGUGCCAGCUGAUAAAUGUGGAUUGGUUAUUGGCAAAGGUAAGCCUUUUGAAUUUUUUGGUGUUAAAGUUAGUUGUAUCACCUUUUAUUAUUUUAUUUUAAGUUGUAUUAUUCAAGCAUUUAAUAUUGAAAUCAUUUUUUUUUUUUUUAAUUACAGGUGGUGAAACAAUUCGGGAGAUAAACCGCCAGUCUGGGGCUCAUGUUGAGUUAGACCGCAAUCCACCUCCCAACAUGAAUGAAAAGCUAUUCAAUAUCCGAGGCAACCCAAACCAAAUUCAGCAUGCAAUUCAACUUAUUCAAGAGAAGACUGGUCAACAGGGAGGGCCGAAUGAUCAGGUGGGUUGGGCUGAGGUGCGUCAACAUUUCAGGACUUCUGAGUCAAUUUGGGGUUUGACUUUGAUUAAAAUGAUGAAAAUAUUGACGGGCGGACAGAAUUUCCUUGUUGACUGUCAAAUUCUGAAUUUGUAUCUUCCUUUAAAGCUAUAAUUUUGUUAAAUUAACGCCGUUAUCCCCUUGUAGUCUAGUCUAACUUUUUGUCUCAUUUCUUUAGUCAUUCUUUCCUAAGGGACAUGGACCUGGAGGUGGCCCUGGUGGUAUGAUGGGUGGUCCUGGUGGCCCCAGUGGCCCACCUGGAGGGCCAGGACCACAAGGUGGUCCAGGUGGACCUGGACCUCAAGGCCCUGGUGGCUAUGAUCAAUUUGGUGGUCAAUUUGGACAGCCUAAGUAAGUAUACUUAUUAUUAGAUCCAUUUAUCAUCCUUAAUUUCAGGGUGUGAAGAUGACAUAAAGAUGUGUAUUUUGGGGAAUAUAGCUACACAAAAAAUCCCCCCCCCCCCCGGUUUGGGUAAUUUUUUCAAGGUUUUUCCAGAAACCUCCAUCACUGUAAAAAUUGUAGGACUUCAAUUCAAUUUUAACGCCUUUUCAAUGCUUGAUCAUUCUGGUGAGGGGUGUCGAAAAUCUGCAAUAUUGUACCGCAAGGAUUCGCUGACACAGACAUGGCCAUGCUCUAGGUCACAUUGUUUGAGUUUGAUAGUAGACCUUGCAACAGUUAUGAAAAAAAUUAUGGAUUGUACUUACCAGUUUUGUUUAACCCUUUCGCCCUUAGGCCAACACUGAGCCACUCCAUGAGAAAAGGGGCAUAACAGUAAAAUUUGCAACUUACAAUUUUUAAAAGCUAUUAAAGCAAUUUAAGUCAAACUUUGGAAAUUAAAUGAAAUGUAGACAAGGUAUAAUAUUAUAUAAAAUUAAUUAUAAAAAACACUUAAAAACCCAAUGAAAAAAAUGUUUAUUUGAUUUGAUGUGCUGGCGACAGAAGUUGGCAUCAAGUUUGUAUGGAAUUUUGAGAAACAUUCUUCUUUACAAAGUCUAACUUUUGGCACAAAUUACAUCCAUAAACAGUCUCAUGCACACUUUUUCUUUUUCCAAUUAUUGACUGAACAGAACUGUCAAGCACGUUUGUUUCCAACCGUCCUUAUCAGCCGGUGCUCAGUCAGUCCCUACUCCUGUAGAAGCUGAUUUACUUGUUGGUUUUCUCUUCCGGCUGAUGGUCCAUUUCAGCAAAGAUGAGCUAAGGCUUUAGCUAUACUCCAUAUGGGACAGUUUGUUUUUUUGGAUAGGGUCUAUGAGAAUUUGAGUACAGGAUCCAACUAUUGACAAAAGCAAUCUGAAGGAGAAAUCGAAAUGUAUAUCUCCACCACUUUGCAGAUUUUCUUCCUACUGGAUAGUAUGAACACAAUUGGUUUAACACACACACACACCCCCCCCCCCCCCCCCCCCCAAUAUUGUACACAUCCACAACAGUAGUAAUAGUCACUUCAUACCGACCUCACCUCCUAACUGGAUGUCCCAUGAGCAGUGUUGGUGCUUAGCAGCGUAACAUAUCUUUUGUCCUUUCAGACUGGCCACAAGAUUUCCAUUUUGCCUGACUUGGAUUUCUCCUUUUUUUAUUUUUGAGGGUGUAUAUUCAGAUGGCCAUCCUUUUCUAUUGGGCCUUAUUCUUGAGCAGCAAUAAAUAUCCUUUGCCAAGAGAUCCUGUGCUAAUUGAAUCGAGAAAUAAUUAUCAAAGAGGUGGUUAUGAUUAUAUAAAAAUCUUUCCCCCAGAUUUGUCACAGCAUAAUGUCCACUUCCAUGAGGCAUGUCAUCUUUCACCUUCCCAUUAUAAAUAUUGAAAUCAAGAAGUUGCCCUGUAGGUGAAUCAGCAGCACACCAAACCUUAUUGCCCCAGGGGUUAGGUUUCCCUUUGAUGUACUUUUUAAAUGCCAGUCUCCCACUCAAGGCUAUCAUUGCCUCAUCGAAAUUUAUGUUUUUGCCUGCUAUAAAAGCUGAAUUAGCUUUUAUGAGUUCUGCAAGUGGUCUUACUUUAUGUAGGGGGUCAUGGUCUUCUUUGCCUCUGGGAGGAUUUAGAGAUGAGUCACUUAGAUGUAAGUAUUGUGACAGCUUCUCUAGGCGUGAUUUACUCAUACACGAAGCCACCCCUUGGACAUGGAGGCGAUCAUCAUCUGUUGACCACUAAUCAGAGUAUUCUGGUAGAACAUGUAUGCCCAUAAUUAUAUAAAUAUGACACAACAGUUUUAUUUCACCAACUGCUGCUGGCUUCCAAUAUUUGUCCACUUUAGCAGCCCUUUGUUGACAUUGUUCAGCAUACAGAGGUUUACUACUGUUGUAUAAAAUUUUUCUGGUAGGAACAAACUAAAAUAAUCAAAUGGCUCGGCAUCUGACUAAUUCAUGUUUAGGGUCACUAUCUGCAAUAAAUUCCCUGACCACAUCUGUGAUAUUAUCCCACUGGUCUACAAUGUUUGGACCUAUUGGGUCUAUGUUGUCUUGUUCUACAGCAUCAUCAGACUCAUUAUCAAUAUCGGUGUCACAAAGGUCAAACUGUUCAAUUGGAACAUCAUCACUUUCACCUUCAUCAAUUUCACUAUUACCCCCUAAGUCAUAUGUAUUCCCAUCAUAAUCGUACCCUGUAGCAUCCCUAAACAUCCUUAGAAAAUCAUCCAUUUUGAAAAAGAAAUCCACAAAACACUAUUUACAAAAAAGAAAUUGUCAAAAACACAAGACUCGUCCUGAAAUAAUCAUAGAAAAAAGCGUAUUUAUAGUUCUUUUAUUUGAGAGAUAAAGAAAGCAUAUUAACUGCUUGAAAAGUGAGAUCAGCUCUGCAGCGAAACAACAGAAAAUGGGAGACUAUCGGUAGACGCGAUGAUCGGCGACUCCAAUGGGGAAAGGGUUAAAAACAAACAAGAAUGUACUGUUCAGUUGUAAGUUGUAUGGACCUUUCUUAUAUCUACAGCCAACCCCCACAGCAACAGUAUGGUGGAGCCCCUCAAGGUUGGAAUGCCUAUGGCAAUCAAUAUCCUCAACAGCAAAAUAUGCCAAGUAAGUCUUACAUUAUAAUUUAUGUACUUCAACUUUUUUCUAUUUGAGAUAUUUUAAUAUUUUUUAAAAACAUCUGAUUCAUAAUUUAUCUUGUCAGACAAGCAACCCAAUGAUGCCAAUGCAGCAGCUUGGGCAGCAUAUUAUUAUGCCACCUAUGGUCAGGGUCAACCUGGACAACAACCUGCUGCUCCCCAGCAACCUGCAGCUCCCCAGCAACAACCCAUGCAACAACAGCAACCAACACAGACUUCUUACGCUCAACCAAAUGAAUGUAGAGUCAAUCACAGUAGGUUUAAAAGUUGCUUCCACCAGUUUCAUAAGCCUGUGCUGUGUUCUGGAAUCAUGUUUUAACUCUAUAACUGUCAUAAUGGCAGAUGAUUGGCCAUUAAACCUCUUUCUGUGGUGUCACAGCCGAUUAUAUCAGCGACCUUUGGCAAAAUCUUCCUUAACAAUGCAGAUGUAUUAAUGUAUAUAUCACUAGUUAUGAGUUUGCUUCCUAUUGUCUGCUGAUGGAGCCAAGCCGAGGCCCUCUCUCCCCCCCCCGCCCGCAUUUGGAAACACACCUUAUUGGCAUUAUUUCAAAUGGAUUUAAUUGAAGACAAUGAUUCUAGAUAUAUUCUAUGUGCUAAUAAUGAUAGUGUCAUCACUAGCGGUGAUUGCGACGUACGAGUCAGAUAUUGACAAUUUGAGCCCUUAGCUUUGUUAUGUGACAGACUAAUUUGUUUGGGGAAAGGGUGGAAAUCGAACAGAAAAGAUAGAGAUUGGAUCCCAAAGACCCACCCUAAAGAGAUUCAAAGACAUUUAUGUUUUUGUUUUGUGUAUCUUCUUUGGGUUUUGAUUAAUUAAAAAAAAAAGGGAUAUAAUUUCAUUUGAAAAGGAAUUUUUGAACUCAUUUCAUGCCUUCCCCAUUGUAUUUUGUGAGACAGAAAUUUGAAAUGUUCUGAAUGAAUAUUGCUUUUAUCUCAAAAAUUAAAUUUGGUUUAAUUCAGAAGUUGAGUUGUACAAUUUUACUCGCUCUUUAAAGGUCGAGGACAAAAUCAACAUACAUAAUAUAAAAACUUAUUUCCAUACCAAUGUGCUUUAGUACUUGUAAGGGUCACUGAACUAAUUUAGCAUGGGAUUUUGUCAUAUAAAAUGUUAAAAAUGGCUUGACACUACAGAAAAACAAUUGGCAGUUUCAUAGGGUUAAACAAUUUAGUUUUAAAUUAUUUGUAUAAGUCUUAUUUAGGACUUUUAAGGUAUAAAUUUAUUUUUAAUACAAUUUUUUUCUCUGUAAUUUGGGUAACUGAUGUAGAAGACAAUUUAUAAGAUGACUGCAUCCCUUUUUUUAAAAAAAAAAAGCAGAUUAUUAGAGCCCAAUGCUUGAUCAUUCUGGUGAGGGGUGUCGAAAAUCUGCAAUAUUGUACCGCAAGGAUUCGCUGACACAGACAUGGCCAUGCUCUAGGUCACAUUGUUUGAGUUUGAUAGUAGACCUUGCAACAGUAUUUUAUCUUUGGUUAGUCUGUCUAACUCAAAUUAAACGCAUAAGGCCUUUAAAAAAUGGAUCUUUGAAUUAAAUCAAACAUAUUUCUAACAAAAAAUUUAAGGUUGCAUUUUUUCCAUAAAAACAAAUAGUCUUGGAUUGCACUGUUUUCUCUUCUCUAAGAUUCUGCCUCUCCUUCUGCAGCCAUCAACCCCCAGACUGGUCAACCAGACUACAGUCAGGCAUGGAUAGAAUACUACAGGUCACAGGGCAUGAUUCAUGAGGCCCAGAUGGUUCUUCAACAGGUGGCUGCAAAUCAGGCAGCUGCUCAAGGGGGCCAGCCUGGACAACAGUGA